AUGGUCGCCUCUCCCGAGACCUUGCAGGCACCGUAUGAGCUCGCAUGCAAAUACUUGAGCCAGCAUCAAGACACGAAACGCUUUGGGAAAAAGCACCACGUCGUGAGGAAUAAGCUUGUUAGGCAGAACAGUCGCCUCUACACAUGGGGCCGCGCCAAUGGGUUCCCUCUCAUGCCAGAUUUUCCCACCUUGAGCGAGUUCCAUCCUCUACUGCAGGACGAUAAUAUGCACACUCAGGUGAAAGAUAUUCUCGAGAGCAUCGUUCAUUUGCAUCUCUCGGGGCCGUCAGGAUUCAUAUCAAUCAAAGAAGAGCUACCGCUAGUAGAAAGGUUCAGUUUGAAGGACUUUAUCUGGCGGAUGGGCAGGCUAGUUCAAAGGCCAAGCAAAGAUAUCGAACAACUGAGCGUUUUGGCAGACAAAUUGGAGAAUUUGGUCACCAAACUGGAACUUCUAUGCCCCGGGUCCCAGGUUUCAUGGGUUAAAGCUGAUGUGAAUACUGUCGACUGGUCUCUUAUUUGCUCUAUGGCCAAAGAAAAUCCAAACUCCAAGCCAGACAUAAUAUUGAACGCAGAUGUCUGGGACAGUGAAAGGCUCGCGUAUGGGCGAUAG